AUUCAAUUCUUAAUUAUGAAUAAAAUAAGUUUAAUUAAAAUAUAAUAACUUUUUAUUUUGAUUCCAAGGGUAAUCAAAACAAUGGAACAUCGCUCACACCAACACCCACCACCGUUACUCCGCCAGAAUUCACGUCUUGGCCGUCAACAUUAGCAGGCGAGUCCCAACACACCAUCAACUCCGGCCGCUGUCACAAACAAUUUCCAUUUUUACCUUGAAAUUAACCAAAUCUAUCGUCACUGACCCCAAACUACUUUCAUUCGAUGACGAACAAAGAUAAUUAAAAUCAUUUCAUAACCAAUUUUCGGUGGUGGUGGUGGUGACGUGGAAGCCUGAAUGAUAUGUUAUUGACGAUGUUAGGUGUUCCAAUAGCAAGGUCUCUCUCCCGUUUUCACUAUCCUCCCCUUCUAACAACAAUAUGUUUACAGGCCUUUUCAACGGAGGCAUCUCUUGACAAAGAGAGUGUGACAAACGAAAUCUUGAAGGAAUUUCGUGCAACCAUUGAAAAUGCUCCAGCAGCAUCCAGUGGCAAAGUCUGCUGCGCAUAUAUUGAUAAGAUUUGCAAGGCGGGAAACGUUUCAGCCUUAAGUCAAAUGCUACAAAUGUUAAAUGAGAAGAACAUUAUUGUCUCACCGAAUGUGUAUAAUCUCAUGUUGGUGGAAGCAAUUCAAAAUAAUGACAUUGACCUUUCAUUUCAACUGCUCAAGAAAUUAUUAUUGUCAGGUGAAUCCCCGAGUGCAACCUCGUGUAUUAAGUUUGCGCAGGCUUUCAGAAAUGUAAAUCAUUCUGUGGAGCUUCUUAGAUUUCUUAAAGAAAUAGUAUCACAAACCAGUGGUUCAAGUAUAUCAUCAUUCAUAAACAAGAUCAUUUAUGCUUUUGCUAAAAGUGGACAGAAGGAUAGUGCUUUGGUGAUAUUCAGUCUUCUUAAAAUACAGAACGAUAGUGUUCUGGACUUGAUCACGUAUAAUAUUGUUCUAGAUAUCUUGGGUCGUAAGGGCCAUGUGGAUGAAAUGCUUGAUGUGUUUGCGUCCUUGAAAAAAGCAGGUUUUGUCCCUGAUACUAUUUCUUACAAUACUCUAAUACAUGGACUAGGAAAGGUUGGAAGAUCCGAUUUAUGCUUUGCAUAUUUUGAGGAAAUGAAGGAGAAUGGAAAUCAACCGAAUUUGCUUACAUAUACUGCUUUGAUUGAUACUUUCGGUGGAGCAGGAAAUAUUGGGGAAUCACUGAAACUCUUCCGGGAGAUGAAACUGAAGGGGAUUCUUCCUUCAAUUCAAAUCUACAGAUCAUUAAUCCAUAACUUAACUAAAAUAGAGAAGAUUGAGUUGGCAACAGAACUUUUAGGAGAGAUGAAUUCUUCAUCAACUGUUCUACCUGGCCCUAGAGAUUUCAAGACGAAAAGAAGGCAAAGAAAGACUUAAGGGUCUGUGCUGUAUAUUUAGUUUCAGUUGACAGAGUUCUUAAAGUUCACAGGUUUACAUUGUCAUGCAUUAUUCUGUCUCAUCUUUGUUGCAAUGUGAUGUUGAUCCUCAUGAGUGGCUGCCAUGGUAAUGUCUGAGGCAAGAAACUGGACAGCAAAUACAUUUAAUCUAUUCAAUUUCGUCAUUUUCUUACCAUGAGCUGUGAGAAUGAUCCAUUAAUUUGUUAAGACAUGCCUUGAAUUUUAUCAUCAAAUAGAGACUGUAUUGUGUAUUUUCUUUUAA